AUGCCACCGCCGCCGAGCCACCCUGGGGCUGUUGGCCCUUCCAACUUCGACAAGUUCAAGAUGGGUGCCCUGAUGGGCGGCACGGUUGGCACGAUUAUCGGUUUCAUCUUUGGAACUGUCAACAUAUUCAGAUACGGCGCCGGACCGAACGGAAUAAUGAGGACAUUAGGCCAGUACAUGCUGGGAUCCGGGGCAACGUUUGGGUUUUUUAUGUCCAUCGGUAGCGUCAUCCGGUCUGACGCCUCGCCCAUUGUUCAAGAGGCCUACUUGCGAGCCCAGAGACGGCCCAUCAUCAUGGCAUCGCAGGCCUUCCGCCCCUACCAGCCCACCCGACGCAACAACUGA